CGUCGAGGGUUGAGAGAGGAGAGAGCAAAUCAGAGCAGAAGGGAAAACGGGGUGAUGCGAUUGGCUGCUCCGAAUGUUGAGCAUGAUAGAAAUACCUCUCUCAGACGGACAGUAGGCAGAAAUACAUGUUCUCUUCUUAGAUCUUAAAAAAAAAAAAAAAAGAGGACAGGGAGAGAGUAAAGAGCAGGACUAAUUAAUUUCAGACGCUUGAUGUGGACAAUUGUAUUUUGGAAGUCUAAAUGAGCGUAGCUGCUGAUUCCUCUGUUGACGUUUUUUUUUGUUUUUUUCCUGAAGAAUUUUUUUAACCGUUCAUGCACGGAGAUGGUUUAGGGAUGCGAGAAGAGAGUUGUGACAUGCUGUCGAUCCAAAUUGACCAAGACGUGGAUGGAGUGGAAUGUUCUCUUCUGUGGCAGAUGCGUCACCAGCCAGAUUCAGUUGUACCUGAGGGCGUCAAACUGAGAAAGACAAAUCUCCCCUGAGAGAGAGAGGGAGAGAGAGAGAGGAAGGGUGCGGGAAGCCACAGACCGAACGAGCGAGACAAAGGUGGGGGUUCCCUCGCCUUCUCUCCUCCAAUCUUGUGGUCAGGCUGGCCGGCACUGCCAUGGCGUUCACCUUUGCGGCCUUCUGCUACAUGCUCACCUUGGUGCUGUGCGCCGCCCUCAUCUUCUUUGUCAUCUGGCAGAUUAUUGCCUUUGACGAGCUGCGCACGGACUUCAAAAACCCCAUCGACCAGAGUAAUCCCACCAGAGCGAGGGAAAGGAUUCUCAAUAUCGAGCGAAUCUGCAACCUUCUUCGCCGAUUGGUGGUGCCAGAGUAUUCCAUCCAUGGGCUGUUUUGCCUAAUGUUCAUGUGUGCUGCAGAGUGGGUCACACUUGGCCUAAAUAUCCCUCUUCUCUUCUACCAUCUGUGGAGGUUUUUCCAUCGACCGGCCGAUGGGUCCGAGGUUAUGUACGAUCCCGUGAGUGUGAUGAACGCUGACAUCCUCAAUUACUGUCAGAAGGAGUCGUGGUGUAAGCUGGGCUUUUAUCUUGUCUCGUUCUUCUAUUAUCUCUACAGCAUGGUCUAUGCCCUGGUGAGCUUCUAAAAGAGACUCCCUGGUGAGAUGGAUAGAAACGGAAAGAGCGACCACAUCAGCUCUACCUUCCCAUCCAUCAGUGGGCUCGGGUUUCCCACAAUCCAACGAAACAAACCCAAACAGAGUGCCAUUGUGAAUGUAAAGGUGUUGCCUCCGAUCCAUUUCCGUAUAUCACUUUAUUCCAAACACUGCAGUGAGACAGAUGGACAAAAGCAAUGGAUGGAGGAUGAAAAUAAAGAUGACGGAAAAGGUGUUUGUGUUGCCUUUUACGCCUCAUGACCAAUGUUGACAAGGACUCUGAAGGGCUGGAGUAAUCCCACGCUGCUCUUACUGAUCCAGUCUUUGAACUCACUGUGACUUUCCAAAUGUUUAACAUGGGCUGGAACACAAAAUCAUUUGUCUGUAAUUUUCCAUUUGGAUGGUGUACAUCUGUUUGGUGGUACUCCAUAUUUUGAUAAGACACCUCUAAUAUCCAACCACUGUUUUUCUACUGGGUUGCUGAUACAUUUUACUGUAAAAUGAAGACGAAAUUAAAAUCACUGUAAAAACGCAGGCAGGGAUAUUACAGGUCAGUUUGCGCACAGACACUUUCAAUUGAGAUGUCGAGAAAGCUUUGGCUGCCAGGGUCAUUGGGGUCAACCUGUAAAAAAAAAAAAAAAAAUUCAAAAGUAAGGUCAAAGUCUCUAUAUAGGCAAUUGGACUUGAAUUGUAUAUUUCCCGAUAAAUGUUAGAAACAAAUCUUUUCCCUCCACAAAGCUUUGUGCUCACAGAUUCAAUGCCAAAAGAUUGUAUAUGAAAAACAUUGUGCCAAAGAACAAGGGUGAAGUGAAAAGCAACAAUAAGGCUUGAGAAAUACUGUAAAUGCUAAGGCGACGUGAUGUGUUCUUCAAAAUAAUAUCCAAUCUUGGUACGAUGGUUUUCUUAAACGCAACAGAACAAAGGCCUACAUUUGUUUUAUUUUUUAGUGUGCAGAAAUCGCCUUAUUGCCAUUUACGUUUGUGUUAGCACCUAUGCUAGCUAUUUUAGCACAGUGACAGUUCAUGUAUAACAAGCAAUGAAAACGACAAUGUUGCGCGAGUGUGUUUCAUAACCGAGUGGGACGCAAAGUGAUAAUGAUGUAGAGUCAUUUAGAUCAUACAAUCAGACACAUGAAGUCAUUGCUGCUUGAUGACCAAGCCUUUGCUCAUCUGCUCUUGCUUUCAUGUGUUCAUUAGUUGGCCUUAUAUGUAGAUAAGUGAUGAUUCCAUUGUGAUUUGUUGGAGUACAGCUAUUCAGGGGCUUGAGAAAAAAUUCCCCCCGGCUGCAUGUGUAGUAAUUAACAAGUACUGAUAACAUGUCUGGUGUUGCUACUUAGGAAAAAGUGUAUCAUGAGUAGUGCAGCCUGUCAAAAUAUUUUCAAACAUUCACACCACAGUGUCAAACAUAUAUUUUGGUGUAGGUAAGAGUGUAUGAAAAAGAUAUUUUGAAUAGACAGCAAUACUAGGAUGAAAGCCUAACACGGGAAUAAAUUCAUUACAUCGUUUGCGAAGAAUUCGAAUAAAUAUCAGCGACGUUAUAUGGACAACAAUUACUUGAUUGAUUGGGUUUAUUCUUAGGAUAUUUCUUUUACAAUUCAGAUGACAUGUUACAGAAUAUAUUUCACGUUUGGAGAAAAUAUUCUUUUAGUUAUGCAGUAUAUCAAUAUUUUUGUUGUUCAUACUAAACUGAUUAUAACGGUAAAACUGAAGAAAAAUAAAAGGGAGGGCAGAUGAUGUUAAAGUGCAAUUAAGGUGUUUACAAUAAUGGUACUAGAAGCAUUUCUGUAUGUAACAUACAUGGUUACAUACAUUGUUUACAUGGCUUGUGUGUCUUAUUCUAACACCCCCAUUGCAGUAAUUUUUGCAAUAAAUAUUUUUGUUUAAACAAAGCCACUGCCUAUCCAACACUAGCAAGUGACAGCAUAGCGCUAACUUGACAAAUGCUAACCUCUUCCAUUAGAAAAAAGGUUUGGGAAUAAUGAGCGAAUUAAAUGUAAAUUUUAAAUGCAAAUUAGAGAAGUGAAUUAAAUUGUAUUAAUUUGCAAGAAUGUAGGUGAUGAAAAGGUUUAAAAAUAUCAAAUUUCAAAUAUAAACAGAUUCAGAAAGGAAGAGAAUUAAAGAAAAGUUUGGUAGAUAUCCAGAAAUGUCUCAGUAAAUUUACCAGAAAUGUUUCAUUUCAACCCUUUAGUGUCGUU